AUGCUGCGUAAGUUUGGUCGGAACAAAAGCUCGCAGCAUUUAGAGCCCCCUGGUCAUGAUGGCGCAACAAACGAGCCAUUUACAGAAGCGAACGAAACUGCUAGUCGCUCUGAUCACAGAUCCGCAUCAGAGCCCUCGGAGAGGUUACAAGCCUCCAUACCCUACCAUCUUUUCGCCACCGCCCCAAAGCGCGAGCAUACAGCGGCAAAUUCCAGCUUCUCCGGUCUAGGUACCCAAUUGACCACUUUCGGUGGUGUCACAGGAAUACCGGCCGCGGAUACACUUGGGCUCAGUCUCCUCUACAGCACUGAAGAGUCAGACGUUGACCUGAUUUUCGUUCAUGGCUUGGGUGGCUCAUCGCGUAGAACUUGGUCAUGGAAUAGAGACACCGAUUACUUCUGGCCAGCAUGGCUGCCGCAUGAUCUAGAGCUCUCGAAUUCCAGAAUAUUCACUUUCGGAUACACUGCAGGCCUAAAAGGACCGAGUACAGCACUGAAUGUGAUCGACUUUGCUAAAGAUCUCCUGCUUCGAAUGUUGACCUUCUCUGGUGGUCCUGAGCCUUGCCCCGCGAUCGGUAGUUGUCUUCCAGCACCCUAUCAUCUUCGUUGCUCACUCAAUGGGUGGCCUCGUCAUCAAAAAGGCGAGUAUAAAUAUAUUGACCCAAACAGAAGAGCGCCCCCAGAGCUGAUACUUAAGCAGGCUUACAUCCUUGGCAAGAGUGAUAAGAGAUACACCCAGUUGGUGUCCCAGGUCCAGGGAAUGGUCUUCCUUUCCACCCCACACAAAGGCUCCAAUUAUGCACGCACACUCAACAACAUUUUGAGCGCUGCCCCAACGGCAUCGCCUAAAAUGUAUAUUAAAGAUCUUGAACUCAAUUCAACAUCAAUACAGGUUGUGGAGAAGGACUCGGGGAUGCUCGGCUACCCUGGCGAAAUAUCAAGCUCACUUAAUGCAGACCAUCACAGCGUAUGCAAAUAUAAGACCCCUGAAGACCCGAACUACGUGGAUGUGAGGAACGUGUUGAAGUGGAUGAUAGGAAAAUUGCAUAUUGGGGGAUCCACUCGGAGACAGCCAGGUACGGUGAAGAACGGCAGAACGCUACAGGAGAUUCUCGGUAUAGAUGAAGCACCCGAUAGCGAACUCACUUUAUAUCGAAGCGAGGCCAAGGAAGGCACUUGUAGGUGGAUCACCGAGCACGAUAGAUUUGUCGAAUGGACGAAUGCGUCAGGAAAGACCUCAAAAAUCUACUGGGUUACCGGGCCUCCAGCGACUGGGAAGUCUACCCUCACAAGUUUUGUCGUUGAACAUCUUCAGCAAGAAUCACUGGGAAAGAGCUGCCAGUACCAUUUCUUCCAGUCAAGUCAUCAGGCAAAGCGGACCACAGCGUAUUGUCUUAGAUCCAUUGCAUUGCAAUUAGCACUGGUAAAUGAAUAUUUUGGGAAUGCCUUGUCCGCUUUGACCAAUGAAACUGGGGUUCUGUUCGGAUCACAAAAGCUGAACUUCAUAUGGGAGAAAAUUUUUGAGGGUAUAUUGUUCAAAACACAGUUCUCCACUCCUUUAUUCUGGGUUAUUGAUGCUUUGGAUGAAGCGGAGUCACCUCAGUCUUUCACAAAUCUGUUCACAAAAAUUCGCUCGGUCACUCCAAUUCAAAUCUUCAUCACCAGCAGGGCAACUAAAGAGCUUGCACUCAUUGCCAGCUCUGAUCCUUUGUCUAUCCAUCAAGAGCGGCUAUCUAUCAGUGAUACUUUGCCCGACAUUCGAGCCUACGUCGAGGAAGUUGUCCAGGCAGCCCUCCCUUAUGACAAUGAGUUCCAAGCAAAUGUGGUCAAUCAGGUCCUUGAAAAAGCUUCUGGCUCAUUCCUUUGGGUGAGGCUGGCUCUGGAUACUCUAAAAGAGAACUGGCACACCCGUGAGGACAUCAGGAAAGCCUUGCAUGAUGUUCCUGAUGGAAUGGAAUCGCUCUAUACGAAAAUGAUAGGGCACGUUAUGAAUCAGCCACAGCGCUUGCGCACCAUGGCCCUCGGAAUACUUACCUGGACGGUGUGUGUAUCGCGACCUCUGAACCUGGAUGAGUUAACCGUUGCUUUAUCGGCCGAGUUUGAUGGAUUCAUAAAUCUUGAAAACACAAUACUACAGAUCUGUGGCCACUUUGUCAGGAUGGAAAAGUCCAGGAUUUUCAUGAUCCACGGCACUGCCUGCCAAUUCCUUUUGGAUUGCAAGGAAGAGCGGUCUCCAAUUAUUGAACGUCAUCAAGCCCACGAACAUAUUGCACGCAGAUGCCUGCAGUAUCUCUCCGAUGGAAAGUGGAAAGCUGUUUUCAUGCAGGCAGCUGAAACUGCUUUCAAACCUUGGCAGGCGAGAAGGAACCGCCUCGCAUCGUUCGAAAACGACCACCCGUUCCUGCCCUACGCAUUACAAAAUUGGGCCUUCCACGUACGCAACGCAUCUUGUGAAUCAAACAAUUUACUUCUAGCUCUGAAUUCGUUUUUGGAACGAUACUGUCUUACUUGGAUCCAUGCAAUCGCUCUGUCUGGAAAUCUUCGAGUCCUGACGAAUGCCGCUCAAGAUCUCAAAGCUUACGUUCGAAAAAGAGGGCGCAAGAACUCUUUUGCGAUAUCCUCAUCAAGAGAUGUUGGUGAUGAGCCAUCUGAAUUCCUUCGGUUAUGGGCUGUAGAUAUCAUCCGCAUUGUGGGCAAGUUUGGACGAAAUCUAGCAGAAAACCCAACUUCAAUAUUCAGAAUGAUACCACCAUUUUGCCCCAGAGGCACGAAAAUGCGCGAAACAUAUGGGGGAGCCCGUGAUAAUACUCUCUCCGUUGCCGGGAUCUCUUCUUCUGGUUGGGACGAUUGUCUUGCUCGAUUGAAUGUGGGAGAGGAUGAGACAGUUUCUAGAGUUCUUUGCACCGGAUCGCAUUUUAUAACGCUCCUUGGAGGCAGUGGCACUUUGAUCGUAUGGCAUGCAGAGUCUUGUGAGGAGGCUCGACGUAUGAAGCAUGGAGAGUGGGUGAUGACGAUGACCUUGAACAAGUCGGGCACACUCAUUGCAACGGCUGGAAUACAUACUUUCCGAGUUUGGGAUAUUGGCACAGGGAAGCAGGUGCAUUGCCUUCCAAAAGGUGGUUAUGCCCGUACAAUGACGAUAGCUUUCGGUCACGUUGACUAUGAACUAUUGAUAGGCAGAGACGACUGCUCUGUCUCGUGCUAUAAUCUCCAGUCGCUAGAGGAGCAAUGGAGUUUCGUAGCUGAAGAGGCCAAUGAUAUCGACCACAAUUGUCCCCAACUAAUGACUUUCAGUCCAGAUAUCAACAAGGUUGCAAUAGCAUGCCGUGGAGCACCAGUCCUUGUAUGGGAUAUGACAAGAAAAGAUUGUCAGCUACCGAGAAAAUGUAUCCGCAACGAAGACCGAAAUAAAGAUUCUGGCGAUGUCUGGAACACCGCGGAGAUAGCAGUAUGGCAGCCUGACAAUGCCUCUCUCCUCAUACUAUACCAAGACACCACACUAGUCGAAUGGCGAAUUCUGGAGGACGAACAAGACGAAUACAACCAUCUCGGGGCGCGAGAGAUGAUUAUAAGCCAAGAUGGAAGUUUCCUGCUUACCAGUGAUCAGAAUGGCAGCCUCAGCGUCUGGACCUUCCCUCGACUUCAGCUGUUAUAUCGACUUCAUUAUGAUGAGUUCGUUCGAGACCUUGCAUUUAGCCCUGAUGGUCAACGGAUUUAUGACACUCGUGGGUCACUUUGUAAUGUAUGGGAGCCUGACGCUCUAGUCCGUCCGGAUGAGCCCGACCGAGAAGAUUCGUCAAGCAAUAGCGAGAUAUCUAUCUUUUCGGAACCUGUCUUCUCUCGUGAUGAUAACAGUCGCAACCAGACUACAGCCUUAGCAUGUGACGCUGAUGACAAAUUCUACUGUUGUGGGAAAGAUGAUGGCACCAUCUCCAUCCACGAUUUGUCAGAAGGAAAGAGGCUUCGAAAGGUAUACAGUCAUGCUACCACUGUAUCAAUCAUCUCGUUGGCGUGGUCACGCUCUGGCAAAUACAUCGUGUCUGGAGACGAUUGCGCACGAGUGGUCGCGAAGCGCCUUGAAGUCAAAGGGCCCGGGAAAUGGGCAGUGUAUCCAAUUUUCGACUUUCGCCUAAGUGAACCGGUUGAACAAUUCAUUUUCGAUCCAAGCGAGAAGUUACUACUUGUAUCAACACGCUCGGGGGAUCGAGUCUGGAAUCUAAGAAGCAAAGAAGAGCUGUGUCGCCGCCACUGGUCAGCUAAAAGUGGAAGAAGAUGGAUAAGUCAUCCACUUGACGAUAAAGUCCUCUUGUGGAUUGACCCAUCUGUAGUGCAAAGGUACGAUUGGCAAACACUGGCUUGCCUUGAGAAGGAGCUUGAUGCCCCAAAUCCCGGCGCCGGAGAAUCUGAUGUAAUUAAACAGAGCGGCGACUCCUCAGGGUCGAAAAAAGCUGAACAUGGAUCACCCGCCUCAAGGGAGCGGCCAGCGCUCCCACGUCCAUCUAGCCGACCUACCGAAGUCUCUGAGAAUGUGAAUUGUAUUUCCAAGACGAAGAACUCCCGCUACAUUAUAUGCGAGACCCUCCCUGACACUGGCCAUUCUAGAGCCACUUCUGCCCGGGGUUUGAGACUCGAACUGGUACCAACUUCAGAACUCGGCCAGAACGACGAAGCAAAGGUGGCCCGUCAGAGCCUGGACCAGUUAUCAAAGCGUGUCGCACGGUUGAUUGGUAGCUACCAUGAUCGUGUGGCCUUCCUUGAUCAUCAAUACUGGCUCUGUACAUGGGAAAUCGACACGGACUUUUCGACCUUCAAGAGGCAUUUUUUCCUACCCCGGGACUGGCUCAGCCCUUCCAAUCUCGAGCUCGCGGCUUUGAACUUACAUGGUACUUUUUUGUGCCCUAAGAACGGUGAAGUGGGCAUUGUGAGAUCCGGCGUUAAGCUAUAA